AUGGCUGGCAUCGUACCUGUUGCAAAGUCUCUCAAAGACAUCUACACCGAAGAUGCCUUGGCUGCACAAACCGAUAGAUGGGAUAAACUUCUCAAGCAAUUCAAGAGCAAUUAUGGACACGAUGCGCAAUUCGUUUCACGAUCCCCGGGUCGUGUCAACAUUAUCGGGGAGCAUAUCGAUUACUCUCUAUAUUCCGUCCUACCCAUGGCCAUAACUGCGGAUGCUUUACUCGCAGUUUCUACCCAAAUCGACGAAUCUGCAUCGACUAGUACGACAUUCAAGGUGCGAGUUUCGAAUGUGCAAGCGGAUAAGUUCCCAGCACAUGAAUUCGAUAUACCAUUCGAUGCAGUGGAGAUUGAUUCAAAAGUACACGAGUGGACAAAUUAUUUGAAAUCUGGGCUCCGCGGAGCUUUGGAGAUUUUGAGGGGAAAACAUGGAGAUGGCUUCAGACCCAAGAGUAUGGAAGUCUUAAUGGAUGGAACUGUGCCUUCCGGUGGUGGAUUGAGUAGUUCUGCUGCUUUCACUACAGCUUCUGCUCUUGCGGUCUUAUUUGCCAAUGGGGAGAAAUCUGUUGAUAAGACACAGCUCACUGAAUUGGCAGUGGUCAGUGAAAGAGCCGUAGGGGUCAACUCGGGCGGCAUGGAUCAAUCCGCAUCGGUCUUCUCUAUCCGUGGCUCGGCAUUAUACGUUUCUUUUAAUCCAACUCUAACAGCAAAACCUGUUCACUUCCCAAAAACAAACCCCGAGCUCACAUUCGUCAUCGCACAAUCGUUUGUUGCAGCGGACAAACAUGUCACUGGUCCAGUAUGCUACAAUUUGAGGGUUGUAGAAUGCAGUCUCGCGGCAGCCUAUCUUCAUGCCGCUAUCAACAAAUCCAAGGACCCUCUUCCUUCCGAUUCCGGACCUCUAGGUGUCUCUCUUCACGGCUUCCAUAGCAAAUAUCUUGGUGGUUCCUCCGCGCCCCUCGAAGAACAACUUUCCGAACUUAUUGAACUCACAAAGAAAACAUUCACAAAAGAAGAGGGAUACACCAGGGAAGAAAUCGCCUCUGUCAUAAAUAUGACUGUCCCUGAAUUGAAUGAGCGCUUCACCUCUACCUUCCCCGUCCGCGCUGAGCAUUUUAAACUUCGACAAAGAACCCUUCACGUUUUCACCGAAGCUCUUCGAGUCCUAAAGUUUAUGAAAGUCCUUGAAUACCCCGAAUCUUAUCUGGAUGCCGACAGUGGCCACACUGAAACUUUCAACCGAAAGCUUGGUGAAUUAAUGAACGAAACUCAGACCAGCUGCAGAGAAGACUUUGACUGUAGUUGUCCAGAAUUAGACGAACUGUGUGAAAUAGCAAAGAAGGCGGGUAGUUAUGGAAGUAGAUUGACUGGUGCGGGAUGGGGUGGAUGUAGUGUGCACUUGGUUCCGGCGGAUAAGGUUGAUGCGGUUAGAGAGGCUUGGGACAGGGAUUAUUAUUCGAAGAAGGAGUUAUCGGAAGAGCAGAGGGAGGCGGCAGUAGUGGUUAGUAAACCUGGUGGUGGAAGUGCGGUAUUCGUUGUGGAAGGUGGAAAUGCUGCCUAA